AUGAAAGAUAACAAGCCAUUCUGCUGUGAUUGUUGUGAUCCGAAAGAUAUGAAAAUAUGUUUCGUUUGCAAUAAGCCGAUAAUGGAGGAUACUUUCAUUGAAGCAAUGGGAAAUUUCUAUCACCAGAACCACUUUGUAUGCUUUAUAUGUAAAAAGCCAUUUUCCGAUGUGCAUUAUUACCGGAAGGAUAUAAUAUAUGAAGGAGAGAAACAGUCUCGUCCACUUUGUUCUGAGUGCACUUCCUAUCUGCAUACUGUUUCGUGUCCUGUUUGUGCGUGCUUUUGA